AUGGAGCGCGGGCGGGGCGGGAGGGACGGCCCCUUCGGCGGAUUCGGCCGCCUGGGGGGCGCCCCGAUGCCCGGCCUCUUCGGCGGGGGCAGGGACCCCUUCGACGACCCCUUCUUCACGCAGCCCUUCGGGGCCAGGAUGGGCGGCCCUGGAGGAAUGUUCGGGCCGAUGGGCGGCGGCCCCGGCAUGUUCGGCGCCUUCGGGCCCGGGGACGGGUUCCUUGAGCAAGCUCCCGCGAGGAGCGGUGCUGUCAUCACGGAGAUUGAUGAGGACGAAGAGGGGGGCGACGGGGAGCGCGGCGGCCGGGAGGCGAACCGCGGGGCAUAUGUUCAGGAGCCGGAUGAUGGGAAUGAUGGGAUGCAGGGGGGUCAGGUCCAGCUGCGGCGUGAUCCCAGCAGGGCGAACGGUGGCGGCCAGCCGCAGUCGCGUUCGUUCACCUAUCAGAGCUCCACGGUGACUUAUGGUGGGAUUAAUGGAGCCUAUUAUACCGCUUCCAAGACCCGGAGGAGUGGCAGCGAUGGGAUUACUGUCGAAGAAAGCAAGGAAGCAGACACUACGACUAAAGAGGCCACUCAUAGGAUCUCCAGGGGAAUUCAUGAUAAGGGACACUCGGUAACAAGGAAGCUGAAAUCAGACGGGAAGGUGGACAGUACACAGAUACUGCACAAUCUCAAUGAAGAUGAGUUACCUGGAUUUGAAGAAUCAUGGAAGGGCAAUGCUGGACAACACUUACCAGGCUGGAACCAAAAUGCUGGUAUAUCUAAUGGUGACAACUCUGGAAACCGUGGUACCAACGGUGCCAGGCAGCCUGCACAGAACUGGGCGCUCCCCGGAAUGCAGCAACAGCGUGAUCCAAGGAGGCACGACAACGGGCAGCCAAAGCCAAAGUCAUCGCGGAUCAUCCCAAUCUCCUGA